AUGGCCCAACGAGAAAGUCUGCAAUUCUCUCCGUCGAAUCGAACCAUGGGCACGGAAGAUUUAUUCGACAAUGAUACAUUCGUCUUGUGGAACACGGAGGACUACCCACUCCCUUCUAGUGCCGACGAUCUUUGUUCUAUUCGCCCUAAAAUCGAAGAAGCUCUUUAUAGAAUGGGCUUUCGUGGGAGCGUGAAUAUCUGGGCGUAUGGUGAUCAUCUGAAGCACGGCGAAGAUGAGUUGAAGAAGGCCGGAAUCACUUACCACUUAUCAGAAAGGGGUUACAAGUCGGCUCUUGUCAGGAUGUCGCCUGAUUUCAAAAUUCCUCUGGACAUGAUUCCUUGGGCAUCAGCGAGUUAUGAUGUAAAUUUAGUGGUGAUCGCAAAACAGAGCCCAGGAAGUGAGUGGCACAGGGUUCUUCAGUGUUUGAAAUCCAGAAACCACACCGUGGUAGAGCCGCCUGAUGUCACCGCACACCAUUCUCUAGAAUCGCUAGUUGAAUGUACACGAGUUUUAGGUAAAGGAAAUCCUAUAAGUAACGAGGAGGAUGAUAUCCCCCAAACCUUGGAGGAUGUCUCCAAGAUCCAAGAUUUCUCCGAGCGUAUCACACCCGUCAAAGAGUAUAAUACACUCGUCUUCUGGGACGUCGUGGAUUGCCCAUUCCCUCCUCUUUGUUCCCAUCCUGAUGAGGUCUAUCGCAGAAUCGAGAAAUCUCUUCGUGAAAGGGGAGCUAUAGGUGAGAUAUCAAUCUGGGCUUAUGUUGAUGAGAAGAACGGGUCUUGGAGUGGCGAGUAUCUGCGUAACAAGACGUGGGAAACAAGAAUCUACUUUCUUCCCGGAGGGGCCUCGAGACCUGAAAGAAUGUUAAAUGACAUGUGUUUAUGGGAAAUGGACUGUGUUGUGGACGAUCCUGGUCGAGGAAAUCUGAUCGUAGUCUCAGAUCAAGCCAGAGAGGGCACGGAUUUCUCCACUAGACUAGGAUAUUUGAAGUCGAGAUCAUAUGUUGGCUUAAUAACUCCGACUCAGCACGUCAACACACCAGACAGCCCUGAAUGGCCAGGAUUGCUAUUAGACCAUUUUGGUUCCCAAUACGAACACUCACGACCUCCUCAUACAGAGUUUGCGGUCGAAGAAAUAAUACAAGUCUUCUGGAACUCGGAUGACUACCCAACCCCUCAAGGUUUCAAUUUUUAUCAUGUUGGUUCGGCUAUCGGUAUAUCUCUUGCGGACAUGGGCUUUCAUGGGAUGUCUGAAAUCUGGGCGUAUGGUGACCAUCUGAACCUCAGCACACAGGACUUGCGGGAGAUCGGAGUCGAGUACCACUUACCCGCAAGUUCAGGGGGUGACGGUUCGGCUGCUUUCAGAAUGCCUCUAGAUAUGCUUUUUUGCGCAGCCACGAGGGGAACAUCGAAAAAUUUGGUAAUCGCAAAACAGAGCCCAGAAGGGGAGUUGCGUAGGGUUGAGCAGUGUUUGAAAUCGAGAAACCACGCCCUUCUCGUAGUAGUUGACACCGCACAAGAAAGUCGAUUUUGGCAUGAACCAUCACUAGCAGCUUUAGGUGGAGGAAACCCUUUACAAGUUUUAAGCAAAAGUCUAGACAGUUUUUCUUAUUCUGAUGCUAGCUCCCAGUUCGAUAUCUCCAAGAUGGAAGAUUUCUCCGAGCGUAUCACACCCGUCAAAGGGGAUCAGACAGUCGUCUUCUGGAACUUGGAGGAUUGCCCGUUCCCUCAUUGUUCCGAUCCUGAUGAGAUCCAUCGCAGAAUCGUCAAAGCUCUUGGUGAUAGGGGUUUUAGAGGUGAGGUGUCAAUCUGGGCCUAUGUUGAUGAGAAUAACGAGUCUUGGGGCGGUGAGUAUCUGCGUAAGAAGACGUGGGAAACAAGAAUCUACUUUCUUCCCGGAGGGGCCUCGAGACUUCAUAGAAUGUUGAAUGACAUUCUUUUAUGGGAAAUGGACUCUCCUCGGGACCAUCCUCAUGCGACAGAUGUGAUCGUAGUCUCAGAUCAAGUCGGAGAUGACACGUUAUCCUUGCGGGUGCUUGGAUAUUUGGAAUCGAGAUGUUACCGUGUGUUCUUAGCAACUCCGACUCGGGACGUCAACAUACCAGAAAGCCCUGAAUGGCCUGGAUUGCUAUUAGAUGUAGCAUACCUUUUUGGUUCCGAAAGCGAAAGCUCAGAACCUAAUCCUAAAAGACAAAAAGAGGAUGCGGCCGAAGAAAGACCUUCUCUUCGUAGCCGUGCGUGUGCCCGUUUUGCGGAUGAGAUGGUUGCAUUGCAGCGUAUUUAUAUCAAUGCGCCUAAUAAAGCAACACGUCGGUUCUUGCGCCAGGAAAUCGAUCUUCGUUAUGCUGUUCCACUCGGGUUUUACCGUGCUGCUCUGAACUUUGGUGUAUCUGGGGGAAUCAUAUUUCCAUGGGGAAGCGGAUACAAGAGCAGAGCUUCUUCUGUGCCGGAGAGGUUCUUCGUGGGUGGAAACGUAUCACCUGUGUGUUCGUUGGGAGGACCAUCUGCGUCAUGGGGAUUCAAGACCAGGGGAUUAGGGCCUAACGAGCCAAGGAGGGAAGAAGCAGAGGAUGAGAGUGGUGACACAUAUGAGCGAGAUUUUGUGGGAGGAGAUGUUGCGGUCACUGCAUUUGCAGACCUUUCUUUUGAUUUCCCUCUGAGAUGGUUCAGAGACAGAUGAAUCCACUGUAUAUACAAACACUAAAUAAACCAAUUCAAGUUGGCUUCUUCAAUUCACAAACCAUCAUCUUACAUACAUACUGACACAUCAUUGUCAGUGUUCUUAAGGAAGAUCUGCUCCGCUAAAACUAAAAAUUACAAAAAAAAAAAAGGAAAAGGCAUCCUAAAGAGUUAAUCUAAUUUUUGUCCUACACAGAUUAGAAAUAGUAACAUCCCCCACUUCAAAUCUUCAAAGAGCAUCAGCUUCAAGAAAUAUUUCCUCCUUGCUUUGCUUCAUGCUUCUGCAACCUAUUUCUCCAAUUUAAUGACUGAACCACCUCCACGUUUCCGGUUCUUUGAUUUCUCAAUCUCUAAUUGCAUCUCCAUCAACAUGUUCAUUCGUCGUAACUCGAGCUCCUUUGCAACUUCCAUUCUUUGCUUCUCCAGUUCAAUCAUCAUCUUCUGCUUCUUAUCUUCGAUUCUCUCGUAAACUUCCCCGAACUUCAGAACUGCUCUAGCUACUUCCCUACACGCCGAUCCUUGGCUCAGAUCUUCUACCUCUUCCACACGGGGAUGCUUCCUUGCGACGAAUCCCCAGUCGCCAGUCUCGUCAUCGUCAUCAUCGUCGUCGUCAAGAGAGCUUCCCGUAGACUUGGAUCCGGUGAAGUUCAGAUUAUAGUUCAUAGAAGCUGAUUUGGCAGCUAAGCCUGCCGAUUUCUUAACCACGGGACCGAUCAGGACGUCGAGGCGGUCAAAGAAGCGCCAAGCAGACGGCGAGAGCUUGGCUUUCUCCGUCUUGUACUUCUUCUUCAGCGUAUCGAUCCGGUUCUUACACUGGACGUCGGUCUUGGGACGACCCUUACCGUGGCUCGAGUUCACGGCUGCGGCGACUUCCUUCCAGUCACUCUGUCGGAGGUUCCCGCAAUUGAGCCUGAGGUAACGACGGCCCCAGGCCUCGAUCAGCGUCUCCGUCGCGUCCUCGCUCCACCAGUCUUCUCGUCCACUCGAACGGGGAUGGUGAGGCUUUGUCUGCGUCGCCGGAGGAGGCGAUGUCGUCUCCAUUCGUGAGGAGGAGUGUUGCUGCUAACCGGAUGCUAACGUGCGCACCGGAGGUAAAUGAAUACAGCGUAGGAUAAGAUCGAACGGAAUCGAACAAAAAAACAAGAAAAAGGUUGGAGAGGAAUUGGAUGGGAGAGAGAGAGAGAGAGAAACGGGGAAUUGGGAUAAAUGGCCUGACAUUGAUGACCGGCGGUGACGUCAGCGACCGUAUGGGAAGAGACAGAGAGAGAGAGAGAGUUGGUCCCAACGGCAAUUUUGCCUUUUCUUUGUGUCAAAACUCUAAACCGAGAGCCAAAUCUCUGUUUCUUUUAACUCGUUAUUACUUCUUUAUAGUCUUUUGUGGGGAAAACCUCAAACUUUUCAUUUCUCUAAUAAGUUGAUUCAAUAUUUAUUACAAAAAGUUAUCUUAGUGGGCCCAGUUGACCCAAUGGUCAAAAUUAAAUAGUAUGGAAUACCUUUUUAUUUCAAUUCGGGCCUUCAGUUUUUAGUUCUUUCCCAUUUUAAUUCUUAGUUCAAAAUCCAGAUUUCCGUGCAUCGUGUAGUGAAGGUGUUUGAUUAAAUUCCUCUGAGACAAUCUCUCUUUCACUGGGCGAAAUAUUCCGACUUUCGAUGCUUUUCGUAAGUUAACUCGCUUGGCUGCUUUGAUCUCCACCUCCGGUUUCGAGUGACAAGUUAAUGAGAAAUGGGAAAUUGUGAAGACUAGGGCUUAGCCCCGAAGACAACGGGUAAAUAGCGGGAGAGUACAGUUCAACUUCACCAAUCUCCGUUGCCUGUUCGCGAAGCUCUCCGGAGAACAUGUCUCCAGGGGUUCGCCAGCUUACCGUCCUCGGAAAGUUCAAACCUUUCGGUCUAAUCGCCGAAGCUACCGACGGUAAACCUCCGGACGAUAAUGCUGCCGAUUCCUACCACUAUUUUCUCUUCGACCCUGAGCUCACCCGCCAGCGAGACGAUGCUGAUGGCAGUGAACCUAACUUCUCGCCGCAGAGAGAGCAUGAGCUCUUCAUCCGAGACGACCGCAUAAUCUGGACAUGCGGUUCACGCGUGCUCAAGCGGUUUACCUUGUCUUCUGUCAUCAUCAAGGCAUGCUGGAGUCGCUUGGGUCGAAGGGCAGACGCUUUUCUCUGUGUCUUACAAACUGGUUGUUUAACAAUAUACAAUACGUCAGGUGAAGUUGUAUAUGUUCCACUUCCACGUACUGUCAUAUCAAUAUGGCCUCUACCAUUUGGUCUACUUCUUCAGCAAGCUGCUGAAGCGAAUCCAUCCUCAUAUGUUCCAUUUUCGUCUGCUAGCCCCACCAUUGGUUCUCGUGAGAUGCUGCGCCACAGAAAAGAAGUUGGGAAUAUUUCACCACAGAACUUCCAUUCCCCAGUCGCACAUGACCAUAUUAGCACAAGAGACAUGUCUUACACGUCUUCCCAUCUGAUUCUAAGAGAUCCAUUAGAGGCACCUGGGGCAACCUAUCUAGAAGAGAGGGGAAAGUUGAACAUAAUGAAGGACUACGAUGAGAGAACAAUUUGGACAAGUGACUGUCUUCCUCUUAUGACCUCAUAUAACAAAGGUAAGAUGCAACAUUCUGUGUGGGCAGCCGAAUUUAUAGAUUCUAACCUCGAAGCUUCUGCUUCAUGUUCAAGCCGCGUUGUUCCCGAUGCCAAGCGAGUAUCUUUUCGCAGAAUAUGGCAAGCCAAAGGUGCUAAGAAAGCUGCAUCUAAGGUCUUUUUGGCAACUGAUGAAGCAGUCCCAGUAAUUUGUUUUCUGAUUCUAGAACAAAAGAAGCUGUUGUCGGUGGGACUCCAAACUGUUGAGAUCAACAAUGAAAUUCUUUUUGACGUUAAGCCUGAUAUAAGCUGGAGUGUCUCUGCAAUUGCUGCUGCACCUGUUGUGGUGACACGUUCUCAAGUGAAAAUAGGACUGCUUCCCCAUUUGGAUAUCAUUGUUUUAUCUCCAGAAAAUGACCUGUUUCUCUAUUCAGGAAAACAAUGCCUGUGUAGAUAUAUACUACCUUCUUGGUUGGGGAAAAGUCUUGUUUCUGGUGACAAAGAGUCUACAAAAACAGAUUCAGGUUCCCGGGACCUGAAGAUCACAGGAUUGUCUAAUGCUGUGUUGGGAUGCGUCAAUCUAUCAGUAAAUCAUUCACAGAUCUUUCGGUGUGCCUUAACUGGUAACCCUUCAUCCUCACUUGCAAAUGAUUGCAUAGCAGCCAUGGCUGAGGGCUUACGAUCCGAUCUGUACAAUUUGUUUCUCUCCCUUCUUUGGGGAGAUGGUUGUUCUGACCAGCAAGAUUCCAGUGUUUAUUUUGAAUGGGAAGCGUUAUGCAACAUUUUUCUGGGGAUUUGUCAAAAACCUACUGUUGUGCAUCUGAAGGAACCCAAAACACCAUCAGAGUCCUCCUGGGAGUUUCUUCUCAACAGCAAAUUUCAUAAGACCUACUCUAGGUAUCACAGUGGUAUAACCUCAAUCAAUCCUUUGGAUCUAGAAGGAAUUGCCCCAUUUGGUUCUAAGACUGGUAGUGGAGAAAUACCGGGCAACUCAUUUGAAUUGAUGGUCCAGAGUUUAGAUUGUCUUCAUGCAGUAUAUGAGAGUUUGAAGAUGGAUAAUCUACGGAAACAGGAUUUGCAUCGGUUAGCUGUUUUAUUGUGCAAUAUUGCCAAGUUUCUGGGUGAGAAAUGUUACUUGGAUCACUACAUACGUGAUUUUCCUCGUCUUUCCAAAAAUAUUAGGGCAUGCACAACCCUUUCUUCUAGAAGAAAACCUUCAAAUCUGUUCAGAUGGCUUGAGAACUGUUUAAGACAUGGAUGUUUAUCCACAAACCUUGAUGACCUCCCAGAUUUGAUCCGUAAAGAUGGGUGCUCCAUUGUGAGCUGGGCAAGGAAAAUUGUUUCCUUCUACAGUUUGUUAUUUGGUGACAAGCCAGUAGGACAGAAACUUUCGUCAGGUGUCCCCUGUAAUAUUGCGCCAGGAUCAUACUCUAGUAACGAGGAACUUGCUAUUUUAGCUAUGGCUGGAGAGAGAUUUGGGCUUCACCAACUGGACUUGCUACCUUCUGGUGUAUCUCUCCCGCUGCGACAUGCACUGGAUAGCUGUCGAGAAUCUCCUCCAGCUGACUGGCCAGCAAUUGCUUAUGUGCUUCUUGGUCGAGAAGAUAUGGCCCUCUCCGUCUUCAGAAAUUUGAUUUCAUACAAGGAAUUUGAGUUGCACUCAAAUACGAAUUUAAUAUCGAUGUCCAUACCGUACAUGCUGCAUUUGCAUCCAGUAAUUGUUCCAUCUGAGUCAAUUGGCUUGGAAAACACGAAGAUUGAGGAUACAAAUUCUGUGGAUGGUUCUGUGAUAGAUGGAAUGGAGCAUAUCUUCAACUCCUCUACGCAGCUACGGUAUGGUCGAGAUCUACGGCUGAAUGAGGUUCGCCGUCUUUUGUGCUCGGCACGACCUGUAGUAAUUCAAACGUCUGCUAACCCUACUAUAUCUGAUCAGGAGCAGCAACAGGACCAGCUUUGGCGCAUAGCACAGAGGACUGCUGUGCUUCCCCUCGGGCGUGGUGCAUUCACGUUAUCAACAAUACACACUCUUUUAACUGAGGCGUUUACUGUACCAAAGCUUGUUUUGGCUGGUCGGCUGCCUGCCCAACAAAAUGCCAUUGUUAAUCUAGAUCCAAACAUAAGGAAUAUCCAAGAACUUAAGACCUGGCCAGAGUUUCAUAAUGCUGUUGCUGCUGAGUUACGACUGGCUCCGCUUCAGGGAAAGGUCUCCAGAGCGUGGGUUAGAUACAAUAAACCUGGAGAGCCAAAUGCUGUUCAUGCUGGACUUCUGUUUGGGCUGGGAUUACAGGGAUAUUUGCAUGUGUUAAACCUUAGUGACAUAUACCAAUAUUUCACUCAGGACCAUGAGUGCACUACGGUAGGUUUGAUGCUUGGUCUGGCUGCUUCGUACCGGAGAACGAUGCAACCUGAUAUUACAAAGGCUCUCCUUUUCCAUGUUCCUACUCGAUACCAAGCUUCGUAUGCUGACUUUGAGAUACCAACACUUCUACAGUCUGCAGCUUUAGUCUCCGUUGGCAUUCUAUUUGAAGGAUCAGCACAUCUGCAGACAAUGCAAUUACUUUUGGGUGAAAUUGGCCGCAGAAGUGCAGGGGACAAUGUCCUUGAAAGGGAGGGUUAUGCUGUUUCUGCAGGAUUCGCACUUGGUCUUGUUGCUUUGGGCCGUGGAGGUGAUGCGCUUGGUUCCAUGGACUCCUUUGUCAAUCGUUUACUCCAGUAUUCGGGAGCAAAAGAGGAAAGAUCUUUCCUUGCACCAUCAAAUGAAGAUCACCGAAGUGCUCAACAGAUAACAGACGGAAGCACUUCCAAUGUUGAUAUAACUGCACCUGGAGCAAUAAUUGCUCUCACAUUAAUGUAUCUUAAGACGGAAUCAGAAUUCAUCUUCUCAAAGCUCUCUAUUCCACAAACACAUUACGAUUUGGAGUGUGUACGGCCUGAUUUCAUAAUGCUCCGUGUCAUUGCUAGGAACUUGAUAAUGUGGAGCAGGAUCCGUCCUACAUGUGAUUGGAUUGAGUCUCAAGUUCCUGAAGUUGUCAAAAAUGGUAUCAGCCACCUCCAAGAUGACAUGGAUGAUAUGUAUGAGGUGGAUGUUGAAGCCCUUGUGCAGGCAUAUGUCAAUAUACUGGCUGGGGCCUGCAUAUCACUAGGGCUGAGAUUUGCUGGUACAAGGGAUGGAAAUGCUCGUGACUUGCUUUACAAUUACGCUCUCUAUCUUUUGAAUGAGAUCAAGCCUGUUUCUGCUAUACCUGGAAAUACAUUUCCCAGGGGAAUAUCUAGAUACGUUGAUCGGGGAACGCUUGAAAUGUGUCUUUAUCUUAUUAUCCUUUCCCUUUCUGUGGUCAUGGCGGGAUCAGGAGACUUGCAAGUAUUUAGGCUGUUGAGAUUUCUCCGCAGCCGAAACUCUGCUGAUGGACACGCUAACUAUGGCACUCAAAUGGCGGUGAGCUUGGCCACGGGUUUCUUGUUUCUUGGAGGUGGUAUGCGAACAUUUUCAACAAAUAAUGGUUCACUUGCAAUGUUGCUUAUCACUCUCUACCCACGGUUGCCUUCUGGACCAAAUGACAAUCGGUGUCACCUGCAGGCAUUCAGGCAUUUAUAUGUCCUUGCAACAGAAGCUCGUUGGCUGCAGACUAUCGAUGUCGAUUCCGGUCUGCCUGUGUAUGCCCCUAUAGAAGUCACAGUAAAAGAGACAGAAAUUUAUUCAGAGACAAGAUUUUGCGAGGUUACACCGUGCAUUUUGCCAGAGCGUGCUAUUCUAAAGAGAAUAUCUGUCUGUGGUCCCCGAUACUGGCCACAACAAGUUGAGCUUGUCCCAGAAGAGAAACAUUGGUGGAGCUUUGGAGACAAGAGUGAUCCGUUCUGUUCUGGUGUUAUAUAUGUCAAAAGGAAAGUAGGAGCUUGUUCGUAUGUUGAUGAUCCAGUUGGGUGUCAGUCACUGCUUUCACGAGCAAUGCAUAAGGUUUUUGGUUUAAGAACUCUGGACGAAUCUGAUGUGCUUGCUAACAGUCACAGAGAACUGGAUUCUGAUAGCGUUGAUCACUUGGUCAGCACUUUCUCAUCUGAUCCAAGCCUAAUAGCCUUUGCACAGUUGUGUUGUGACAAAUCUUGGAAUGAUAGAUCUGAUUCUGAUUUCAAGGAGUUCUGUCUACAAGUGUUGUUUGACUGUAUAAGCAAGGAUAGACCAGCUCUUUUACAGGUUUAUUUAUCUUUGUAUACAACCAUUGGUUCUAUGGCUGAGCUGCUUGUCAAAAGCGAAUGUAACGUGUGUGAUUCACUUUCCAUCUCAAGCCUCAAGGUUGCUCUUGCGUACAACGAGGCGGUAUCAAGUGGAAGAUUGGCCUCAUCAGGUGGCUUUGUUCAAUCAAUCUUUCUGGCAUCACUAGGAAAACGGUGUGAAGAGAUUUUGAAUUGCUCAGGCAAGCUGAAGAUUGAUCUGAGAAACUAUUUGACCUCAGAAGCAUGGCCUGAUGAUUCUAACUCAGGGUUGCAGAAAGAUGUAAUCCUUCUCUCAUGGUAUUUAAAAUGGUUCAGUGUACCGUCUCCAUCGAUCAUCAAAGCAGCAGUGGAGAAGAUCAAAUCCAAGUUCAAGAUCUCAACUUCGGCUAUACCUUUGUUACGAUUGUUGUUACCAAUUACGCACAUCAGUGCGAUUAGUGAAAUCGACAAGGUCUUUUUCUCCUCGAGUGAAACAACUGCAUUGUGAAACACAAGAUUUGCUUCUUUUAUUUAUUAUAAUGGCUGUUAAUUAGCAGAUGAAUGCUUUGAGCAAUGAGAAACUAACAACAACUUGUGAAAACCAUGGCCAAAUGCAGUACACGUUCUGUUGUCAUUAGUGUCUCUCUGAGUCAAAUCAGAAUAAAAAAAAACGUAUCUCCACUUGGUAAACAAACCUCACCUUUACGACGACUGUAGGCACGCUCCUCAUCGCUGUCUCUAUCACCAUUCUCAUUCCCAUUCUCUGCAUAACCAUCAUCCUCAAGGACCCUUCCCACGUGUCUUUUUGAAGUCUCCUCGUCAUCUGAGGGUUCACUCAUCUCCUCUACUUUUCUUGCUGGGUUAUAACAUUCCAUUACAUAGUCUUGAGCGUUUGAAUCUUCAGAGCCGUAUCCUGAUUCACGUGCAUGUUCAUCGCGGCAGAAACCUUCUCCAUCCUCGACUUUGACAAGAGGAAACUGGUUCUUGGGACUGAUCUCUUCCUUCACAUGGACAUGAUAAUAAACAUCAUAAACGUAUUCUUCCUCCUUGGUAUGACUAGAAUGGAUGUUAUCACCAUCAGCUUCAAUCUCUUGCGCUGCUGUUGGAACAAACUCUCUGAGAAGAGGCAAGUAACGAGACAGAUUCCUCUGUUCCUCCAAGGAUUUAGACUCCGCUGCAUUAAGAAGCUCUGGUCUUUCAUCAUCAUCAACGCGAAUAACGUCAUGAAAACGACACUUGUGAUCAUGAAGCUCUUUGUUUCCCUUCAUACUCCCCCGUAUUUGCUUAAACCGAGCAUUCUCUAUAGCCCUCUCUUCCCGAUCCUCAAAAUUUCUCUCACUGCAACUUAGGUCAGACUCGAAGAAGGAGUUGAUAAUUUGGGUUGUGGUUUCACAGUCAGAGACUGUCUUCAGAUGCCGCACGAUCACAUUCUUGGUCCGUUUGAGUGGUCCUUGGUCUAUCUCUAACCAGAGAGCAUCGAGCAGAGACUGUUCCAAUUUACGCUUAACCCUAACAAUCACCGGAUCCAUGAAGAAACCGCCUCUGAUUAUAGAAUUCCUAAGGCAACAACACUGUGAGGUUUCAGGAUCCUUCUUGCGUCUCCCCGAUCAACUCGAGUCUCUAAAGAUUAUGCGCGAGA